AUGGCGUCUUACAAGAUGGUAGCCGAUUUGCACUCAAUAGUCACAAACACGACGUUGGUUGUGAAGGUCUUAAAAAAUUGGGUUGAUGCUGGUCCCAGAGGUGUUGAGGGUUUUGAUGCAAUGGUUGUCGACGAAGCAGGUACAAGGAUCCAGGCCUCCGUAACAAGCACUGGAUACGUUGGCAUGUUUGAUGACCAACUCGAUGAAGGAUUAUGGUACAGCCUAUCCAAGUUUUCCGUCGUCAAUUCUCCUCUUCGAAACUGA